AUGGUCAAACCGACGAAACCUCACCACAUCGAAACCGAAUUGGUCUUCUCCAAGUCCUCGGACCAAUUCAACGCAUCCGUGCCUCCCUUGUACCAGUCCGCCACCUUCAAGCAGGAGUCGCUCUCCAAUAUGGGCGAGUAUGACUACACCCGGUCUGGAAACCCCACCAGAACGUAUUUGCAACACAAAUUGGCGGCCAUCAUGAAGGCCAAUCAGACGUUCGCCGUCACGUCUGGUAUGGGAUGUCUUGACGUGAUUGUGCGUCUUCUUCUGCCAGGCGAUGAGGUGAUAGCCGGUGAUGACUUGUACGGAGGUACCCAUCGUCUUUUGACGUACAUGAACGCCAAGGGCGACCUCAAAGUGUUUCAUCAUGACACAACCAACACGGAGUUGAUGAAGUCCAAGAUCACGCCCCGCACAAAGAUGAUCUUCUUGGAGUCCCCCACCAAUCCUUUGAUCAAGGUCUGUGACGUCAAGGCCAUCAGCGACUAUGCGCAUUCGGUCAAUCCUGAUGUUAUUAUCGUGUUUGACAACACUAUGAUGACUCCUUUGUUGAUGACUCCUUUGGAUCUCGGUGUAGAUAUCCAGUACGAGUCCGCUACCAAGUACUUGAACGGUCACCACGAUAUCAUGGCCGGUGUCAUUGCCACGCGUAAUCCAUCGUUGGCCGAGAGAGUCUACUUUGUGAUCAACUCUACAGGAUGCGGCUUGAGUCCCUUCGAUUGUUGGUUGUUGAGUCGUGGCUUGCGUACAUUGGCAGUUCGUGUCGAGCGCCAACAGAGAAACUGCGUCAAGAUUGCCCAGUUUUUGGAACAGGUCGGCUUCAAAGUCAGAUAUCCGGGCUUGAAGUCCCAUCCACAGUAUGAGUUGCAUCGUAGCCAGUGUCUGGGCGCUGGUGCUGUGCUCAGCUUCGAAACCGGCUCCGUGACGCUUUCCGAAAAGAUCGUCGAGGCUUGUGACAUUUUCGGUAUUGCCGUUUCCUUUGGUUGUGUCAAUUCUUUGAUUUCCAUGCCUUGUAAGAUGUCUCACGCUUCGAUUGACGCCAAGACAAGAGAGGAGAGAGACAUGCCUGAAGACUUGAUCAGAUUGUGCAUCGGUAUCGAGAACAUUGACGACUUGAUCCAAGACUUGACUCGUGCAUUCUUGAAGAGCGGAGCUGUGAAGCUCAACGAACGCGAUGAAUUGUUCAACGCCUUCCCAGUCCAUCCCAAAUUGUAA